CUGCGACAAACUUUUGAAAUAUCCAGAUCAAAUUGCUCUGCCUCGCCGUAACUCAUUGCUUAUGCUAACGUCAAGUUAUGUAUCUUUAUUUUUGGAUUAAAACUCCGUGUGUAGCAUUUUUGAUUAUUGUAGCGCUUCAACGGCAAAUCGGCAAUAUUUUGUGGCCACAACAUGCCUCGUUUUUAUUUGUUUUAUCAAGUUAUGCCAUCACAAAUGUGACUUCAGUCGAGCUGAACUGAUGAUGAUGACUAUCGCAGAUGUUAUCAAACUGCUGGUUGAGGCUCACGAAGAUGGAAGAGACAUCGACCUUAACAAAGUAAAAACAAAAAUAUCUGCUAAAUAUGCCCUGGAGACUCAGCCUCGUUUGGUGGAUAUUAUAGCUGCUGUUCCUCCACAAUACCGCCGCGCUCUGGUGCCUAAACUAAAGGCCAAACCAAUCCGCACUGCCAGUGGGAUUGCAGUCGUCGCUGUGAUGUGCAAACCACAUAGAUGUCCACACAUAAGCUUCACCGGCAAUAUUUGUGUGUACUGCCCGGGUGGGCCGGACUCAGACUUUGAAUACUCCACGCAGUCUUACACUGGUUACGAGCCAACCUCGAUGAGGGCCAUCCGAGCUCGAUAUGAUCCCUACCUUCAGACCAGGCAUCGAGUCGACCAACUAAAGCAGCUGGGCCACAGUGUGGAUAAGGUGGAAUUCAUUGUGAUGGGUGGAACCUUCAUGGCUCUGUCCGAAGAGUAUAGAGAUUACUUCAUUAGAAACCUCCAUGAUGCUUUGUCUGGACACACUUCAAACAAUGUGGCAGAGGCUGUAAGGUACUCUGAGCGCAGUAACACCAAGUGCGUAGGAAUCACUAUCGAGACACGGCCCGACUACAGUCUGAAACGACACCUGAGUGACAUGCUAGGCUACGGGUGUACCAGACUGGAGAUCGGUGUCCAAAGUGUGUAUGAAGAUGUGGCCAGAGACACAAACAGGGGACACACAGUUCGAGCUGUGUGUGAGUCUUUCCACUUUGCAAAAGAUGCUGGCUUCAAAGUGGUGGCCCACAUGAUGCCAGACCUGCCCAAUGUAGGCAUAGAGCGAGAUGUGGAGCAGUUCAUCGAGUUUUUUGAGAAUCCCGCAUUUAGGCCCGAUGGUUUAAAGCUUUACCCCACUCUAGUGAUCCGGGGCACAGGCCUGUAUGAGCUAUGGAAGACGGGGCGCUACAAAAGCUAUACACCCAGCACCUUGGUCGAUCUCGUUGCCCGAAUUCUAGCACUGGUGCCACCCUGGACAAGGGUUUAUCGUGUGCAGAGGGACAUCCCCAUGCCUUUGGUGAGCUCUGGAGUGGAGCACGGAAACCUGCGAGAAUUGGCACUAGCCAGGAUGAAGGACAUGGGCACUGAAUGUCGAGAUGUGAGAACCAGAGAAGUGGGCAUUCAGGAAAUCCACCACAAAGUUCGACCCUACCAGGUGGAGCUAGUGCGGAGGGACUAUGUGGCCAACGGUAGCUGGGAAACUUUCCUCUCCUAUGAGGAUCCAGAUCAAGACAUUCUGAUAGGACUGCUGCGUUUGCGCCGUUGCUCUCCGCAGUCUUUCCGACCCGAGUUGAAGGGUGGUGUGUCCAUCGUCCGCGAGCUGCACGUGUACGGCAGUGUGGUCCCCGUCAGCAGCCGGGACCCCAGCAAGUUCCAACAUCAGGGGUUUGGGAUGAUGUUGAUGGAAGAAGCAGAGAGAAUUGCCACAGAUGAACAUGGCUCUCAUAAAUUGGCAGUCAUCUCAGGUGUAGGAACAAGGAACUACUACAGGAAGAUGGGCUAUGAAUUGGAAGGACCCUACAUGGUUAAGCAUAUACGUGGACCUGGAUGGGACUGAACUUGGACUGUUUUUAUCAGCAUAAUCAGGCGGACAAACGCACAGAGAAUAUUUUUAUCCAUUUUUAAAAAACAGUAUUUAUUUUAAAACUAAUCAUCAUGAAAUAUCAUUGAAAUACAUUAUGUAUUGUAUGUCACUCAUUAAAUAAGCAAAAUAAUGGUGGUGGCAAUAAGAUUGGGGGGGGGGGUUUGAAAUAGUUGGGGCGAUGGGAGUAAGACUUGACUACAAUAUGUUUUGCAUUGUCAGUAUGCAUUCCAGACCUACAUGGCGAAUUUACAUGAAAUUUGAGUGUCUGUCAUGGACAGUAAAAGAUCAUAAAACCUACUGUUUGUGUAAUUACACUUUUUAAUUUACAUUUGACUUUUUCGGUCACAUGCAUUUGUUCCCUUCAUUCUUGUAAUCAUAUUUCAUGGAUGCAUAUGAAUUAUUUUAGUCGACAGAAAUGUAAAUGUUUUGGGGUUUUUUUCCUCUAAAGAAUAAAGUAAAAAAUCUGA